AUGGCACUGUUCGAUGGUUUCUUUGUGAGAAUUUCCGUUCUCACCGGUGAACUCGUUGCCAUAGAUCACUUAAAAUUGAUUUUCACGUUGUUGGCCACUUAUCCGAUAGCUUCGAUAUACAAAAAUUUAUUACCUCCCGACAAUCAAAAUCUCAAGCAUCUGCUUUCCAUUUUAUUUGCGAUACUGGUGUUUUUUGGUGUGUUCGAUUUGGCCGACGCUUUUUAUACCAUUUUGUUCGAUUCUCUUUUGACGUAUGGAAUAAUGUAUAAUGUGAAGAACGAAUGGGGCCCAAGAUUAGUGUUUCUAUGUAUGUUAGGUCACAUGAGUGUAAGCAAUCUGCGAUCUUCGUCUAAUAAUUCUCGUGACUGUGCACAUCACAUAAAUCGACAACUCAACCACCUAUCAUAUGAUAAAUUCGACUUGACAAGCUCUCAAAUGGUGUUGGUCAUAAAGUUGACCUCAUUCGCGUUCAAUGUUUAUGACGGACGAAGGCCACUUCAUGUGUUAUCUUCAGAUCAAAAACGUAAGUCAAUCCCUUCUAUGCCUCCGAUACUUGAAUUUCUUGGGUACGUUUACUUUUUUGGUGGAGUUUUUACCGGUCCGGCAUUCGAAUUCAUGGAAUAUCGACGAUUUGUCAACAUGGAAAUGUAUCGAAUCGAUGAGAUUGACACCAACAAGCCAAAAGAGCUGAUUCUUCAAAAUCCUAUCAACGCCCCAGCCAAUCGUAAAGUGGAUAAGCAAUUUAUUUGGGAAAAGAAUGAUGAAAAGCAUUCAAGGCCUCCCAAAUAUUUUAUUCCCGAUGGUUUCUCACCUGCUAUGGGUAAAUUGUUAUCCAGUUUAUUUUGGAUUGUAUGCUUAAUCUCGUUUGGCGGUAAAUACUCGUAUGAUUGGACUCUUGGCGAAGAAUAUAAAUCGAUCUCAUUUCUGAAGCGGCUAUGGUUCAUACAAAUGGUAGCCUUGUGCGCCCGGUUCAAGUAUUACAUUGUUUGGAUGCUCGCAGAAGGUGCAUGCAUCCUCUCCGGGCUCGGUUUCAACGGAUAUGAUGAGAGAGGAAGGGCAAAAUGGGAUCGUGUAUCGAAUAUCGACGUUGUUGCAUACGAAAAAGCCGAUAACAUCAAAUCUUUGUUAGAAGCUUGGAACAAGAACACGAAUAAAUGGUUAAAGAAUUAUGUGUACCUUAGAGUGACGCCUCCAGGAAAGAAGCCAACUUUCUUUUCAACUUUUGCCACUUUCGGAACAAGUGCCAUAUGGCACGGAUUCUACCCCGGAUAUUAUUUGACAUUUGCAUCUGGUGCUUUUAUCCAAAGCCUUCAUCGAACAAUCCGUCGUCAUGUUCGCCCCAUUUUCCUGACACCUCGGUUUGCCCGUUUCAAGCCCUUAUAUGAUUUCCUGAAUUGGAUAAUCACACAAUCCAUUAUAAAUUAUUUGGUCAUAUCAUUCAACUUGCUCGAAUUGGGAAGCUCACUUUACGUCUGGAGCUCCUUGUAUUUCUGCGGGCAUGUGGCCAUUCUUUUUGCAUAUAUCGCUUUCUGGUUUGGCGCAGGAAAAAUCUGCAAGAGGAUCGUUUCGAUUGGUGGUGGCGUUCCUGAUGGAAAAAAGGAGGAUGACAUUGCAAAGAUAAAAAGAGAAGGUUACAAGCGAUGGGAAGAAAGAAAAAAGGAAUUGACCGAAAAGAAAAAACCCAUCAUCGCCGAAACAGGAUUUCCGUUAACCGAGGUGGAGUAG